AUGUCUUUACUUUCUCUACCCGUUGAACUAUUGCUAGGAAUCGCAGGAUACCUAAAUAACGUUUGUGACUUCAAUUCUCUGGUGCAAGCUUGUCGUGCACUUCGGGAUACCCUUUCCCAGGAAUUAUACGUUUUCGAUGCCCGUCAUCGACAGAGCAGAGCAUUCUUUUGGGGCAUGGACAGUGGCCUUGUCCCCACGAUGAGACGCUCCAUUCUAGCAAGUGGAGGCUUCCCGGACUCAUUCUCGCUUGAUGACAUGGAUGAAAAAAUAGGGAAGAUUGUCGAACGGGGCCAUGUCUCCAUGGCCAGCUAUUGGUUUGGUCAUCGUGUCUCUGCCAAUACGCCAGCGACAGUCCAUCGGGGCAGGUUUAAGCAGAAAACUCCCGACAGGCCACUUUUACACGUGGCUAUUGACCAACGGAAUACAAAGAUGGUGAAGAUCUUGCUACAAAAAGGGGCCUUCCCAAAUGAAACAUACUGGGGUAAACCACCAUUGUACCGUGCAACGCGCAAGGGGCGUCGCAAGACAGAGAUAGUUCGUUUGCUUCUAGAAGCCGGGGCCGACGUGCAUUAUACGUCCCAUAAUGGGCACACGGUUCUUCAUAGCGCGGCUGUUGGGUGCGACUCGAAAGCAAUUGAACUUCUGCUUGGUCGUGGAGCUGAUUUGAACGCGAAAAACAACUUUGGACAAACGGCCAUCGACCGUGCGUUCUUCUGUGGCAAUUAUGAGGUCAUCGAAUACAUUCUGGACAGAAAGUGCAGUCUCACGACAAACGAUGAAGUUAAUUAUCAAACAACCAUCACAUAUGACGAGAAGCUGUUUCAUGUAUUGUGUGCGUCGGGGUAUGACUUGAACCAGCGUUACGGUGCCGUUUCGAAAACACUUCUUCACCAUGCCGCAGACAAGAACAACGUUAAAUGGGUCGAGCUGCUUCUUCGCUGGGGAGUUAACGUUGAUGCCUGUACCACUUUCGGGUAUACCCCUCUGCACCUUGCUGUCCGUCACCGCGAGGUCAAGGUAGCACGGAUGCUCCUCGAGCACGGUGCAGAUGUCAACCGUCUGCAGAAACAGAAGGGGACCCCAUUACAUAUUGCAGUUCGAUCUCGGCGGUUAGAAACAAUGAAGCUUCUGAUUGCCAAGGGAGCUUGUCGAGAAAAGAAGGACAAAAAUAGUCAGACACCCCUGAUGAUCGCUGAUAGGAUGAAAUUGAAAGGGGGCAACACAAUUUUGACUACAAUUGGGUGGCUCUAUAACAAUCCACGUGCAAUGAACUCUCUUUUCAGGGUCCCUAGAAAUAAGCGUGGGAGUACAACAAGAUAG